AUGGCAUCACAGGAAGAAACAGCGACGAAAGCAGACGCAUCUGCAAUCGAGCCUUCAACACCAGAAAUCUUCCCUCCAGACGAGGAGAAAAAGCUACUUGAAGAGUCCAACACGGAGAAAGCUUCAGCGAACAAAACCUUCACAUCCGGCGAAUACAACGGCGCGAUACAAGGCUACGAAAAAGCCCUAGCAGUAUGCCCCUCCUACCUCGAAUACGACAUCGCCGUCCUCCGCUCCAACAUCGCAGCCUGCCACCUCAAGCUCUCAGAAUGGAAAGAAGCCGUAGAAUCCGCGACCCAAGCACUUGAAGCACUAGACCGAAUAGAUCCGCCAUCACAAAAAGACUCCGGAAAAGAUGGCGAGAGCGAAACAACAGGCGGCGGCGCAAUCGCCGAAAUCGACGACACAACCGAACUCUACCUCUCCGCCCUCACCCGAACGCACCACACCAUAAACGACGUCCACAAGCUCCGCACAAAAGCCCUCCUCCGCCGCGCAAAAGCCCGACAUGAAGUCGGCGGCUGGGCCUCGCUCCAAGGCUCCCUAGAAGACUACCAAGCCCUUUCCAAACCGCCCCACCAGCUCUCGAGCCUCGACCAGAAAGCCGUACAAGCCGCAUUAAGGAAGCUACCAAGUGAGUUGGAUGAAGCGAAGAAUACGGAGAUGGCGGAUAUGAUGGGCAAGUUGAAGCAGUUGGGGAAUGGGAUACUUAAGCCGUUUGGGUUGAGUACGGAGAAUUUUCAGUUUACGAAGGAUGAGGGGGGUGGGGGGUAUAGUAUGAAUUUUAAUCAGGGGGGGAAGUAG